AAUACCAACUUUGUGUUUCUCUAGCUACCCUGCACAUGUAUAUAGUUUCAGUGAAGAUGGUAGUCAUAAUUUGAAGUAUUAUGUUGGCUAAACCGACAGCUGUAGGAGGUAUUUGUUUCCGAAAUUUGGUUAGGCCAUUUUUAAAUGACUAUAUGACCACACGAUGUGACGUUAAUCUGUUGUUGUGAGAGAAUACAGCCGGUGAUAUAUAAAAUUGUAAUAGUAGGUGUUAGAAUACGAUGGAUAAUACGCGAAACGUAGAAGAACCUGCGGAAAGAGGAAAACAAACCACGUAUACAAAUGACAAUUUUGUGCGUACGUCACCUGCGUAUAAGAAACCGCCGAAUUACUCUGGAUCGCCUAGUCUAUGUGAAACUCCUGUGAGAGAAAGAAGACUGUCAAAAAUUUGUGAAAAUGAGGUGUAUUCGCCAAGGACCAGAGAGCCAACACCUUCUGUGCCACAUACUAAAUUGCCUGUGAUCACCACCCCACCAUCUCGUUUCAAAAAUGUUCUUGUUCAAAAUCCAUUUGACGAAUCCUUGAGAAAAAGAUUGCAUAUGCCGUUCAUUAGCCCUACAUUGUUUACAAAGGCAAUAAGUCCUUCACAAAAUGAAAAUUUUUCUUGGUCUAUAGAAGAUUUAGCCAAUUUGUUGCCAGCUCAGAUUGAUGAAUUUCAGAUGCAGAGUGAUCAAUCUUGGGAUGAACAUGCAGAACAAGAAGCACAGAAAAAUAUCAGCAGAUUUUUUGAAAGCAAUAUUAUUGUGCCAAGUCCCUGGGGAACAUUUGAAAACUACAAGCCGCUUACAAUUUCUGACUUGAAUGAAUCCCCUGCUCGGCCAGCUAGUAUUACAAUGGAUCCUGUGACUACUGUUCUUGAUUUUGACGAUCAAGAGCUUUUUCCUCCAGUUAAGAAAGAUGCAUGGACUCAGACAGAAUUAACUGUUCCCAUUGAAGUUUUGUCACCGUUUGAUUCCCUUAGUGAAAAGUAUCAAAUAGAAAAGGAAGAUGAUGAGACUGAUUCUGAUUUAAUGAACACAGAGAAGAUUUUGACUAAUACAGAGAUUAUAUCUACAAUUCAAGAUGAUCUCCAUUGUAGUAGCCCAUGUUACAACUUGUACAAAAAUUUACUCUCAUCUACGAUACACACUCCAAAAAAUACAAUAAUUCGCAGUUUUGGAACUCCGUUGGGUCGUUCUAGUGUAAUGUCUCCAAUUGGCUUGUCUCCUAUUGUUCACUCGUUUCAACAAGUUAACACAAAUAUUGAGUUAACUAGAGACAGUGUUGAAAAUGUGCAGUGUACAUGUCAUUUGAAUGGAAUUUCAUGUGACAGUGGAAUCUCAAGUGCCACAUCACAAACAGAUGUAUCAUUCCCAAGUAUUCUACCAAAGGGCAUUGAAGAAGUUUUGAAACCCUUUCAAACAUUCAUUCAAGAUCAAUCGGAAAUGGAUGAUGUCAAUUUAAAUUCCUCGUUAUCUCGGAGACGUAAGUUGCUUUUCAGUGAAACAUUAGAUAUGAGUGUCUCGUCUAUCCCUUCACAAGAUAAUGGGUAUGACAGUUCAUGAUAUGUAUUUUUUACAAUGUAUAUAAUGUUAUUAAAGCCAUAAAAGUCAUGAUUUUGCUAUGAGGGCUGAUUUUAUAAUUGUUAAAAUGGAAUGUUGGAACUGCUACCAUUCUUAUGUUAUGUCAAUUGAAAGAAUGAAUAAAAGUCUUUGUUGAUUUGAAA